AUGGACCCUAUCGUCAAUCCGGGAGAGCUCUCUCCUCACGCCCAUGCCAUCCACGGCGGCAAGAACUUUGACUUUACUAUUACUGGUGACCAGUUGGCCGAGUCUAACUGCACUUCCUGCGCCGUCACCCAGGACAAGUCUGUUUACUGGGUUCCUACCCUCUACUUCCUCCAUGCCAACGGGACUGCUGAGCUCGCCGAGCAGCUUGGUGGCACUCUUGUCUACUAUCUCCUGUAUGGAAAGGACAUCAAGGCGUUCCCACGGAACUUCCGCAUGAUUGCCGGAGAUACUGGCCUCCGUGACUUUCCCUUCGAACAGCCAGAUCCUCCAAAGAGCAGCUGGACCGAUAAGGAGAAGACCCAGUCUGCUCUGGGCCAAAAGUCGAUCGGCUUCAACUGUCUGAACUAUGCUGCCCCUCCGGAGGCCUCCAUGUACAGACACACCUUCCCCGAGCGCUCCUUUAUCGACAGCACCUGUGCAAACGGUCUCCGCCUGGAGAUCAUGUUCCCUUCUUGCUGGGACGGAAAGAACCUCGACUCCAAGGACCACAAGUCCCACGUCGCCUACCCCAGCGAGAUCAACGGCGGUGAUUGUCCCGAGGGCUUCGGCACCCGUCUCCCUACUCUGUUCUACGAGACCAUCUGGGUCACCAAGCCCUUCGCCGGUAUGGACGGCAAGUUCGUCAUUUCCAACGGAGAUCCAACUGGUGCUGGUUACCAUGCUGAUUUCAUCGACGGAUGGGACGACGGUGUUCUCCAGGAGGCCGUCAACACCUGCACCAACGACUCUGGUCUUCUUGAAGACUGCCCCGUGUUCAACAUCCAGGACCAAAUCAAGCAGAAUGAGUGCAAGAUGAAGGUUCCUCCCUCCAUUAAGGCUGAGGAGUACACCCUCUGCCCCAAGGGCCUGCCCGGUGGCACCAAGGUCUCUGAGGGACCCGCGUACGUUGGUGACUCCGGCCACCAUUCCCCAGUAGUCAACAUCCCAUCCGUCUCUUCGCCGGUAGUUGGCGGACCGAAGAUUCAGAUCCCAACUCCCACUCAUCCAGCUCCUUCUACCCCUCCAGCUGCUUCUGCUCCUCCAGCUGCUUCUGCUCCUCCAGCUGCUUCUGCUCCUCCAGCUGCUUCUGCUCCUCCAGCUGCUUCUGUCCCAGUUGCUUCUGCUCCCGCUGUUCCAGUUCCCUCUGUCCCGCAAGCACCCGAGACCACCCCCAAGCCGUCUGACCCUGCCCCACCUGCUGGCAAUGACGCUUACUCCACCAGCACUUACGUCCAAGAUGGCACCGUGUAUGAAGUUGCCCUUGUCCGCGUGACCGUCACCAGAACUGUCGAAGCCACCGUUGCUGCAUCCGAGCCCACCCACCAGGGAGCUAAGAGGGACUUCAAUCUUCUCCGCCACCAUGGUGGGCACGGCCACGGUCACCGUCGUCGUGGGAAGUUUUAA